AUGAAGCAAGCAGCGAGGGUGUGGUAUUUCCUUGCGACGGAGCACCUCACCACCCUAGGAUUCAAGAUCUCGCCGUACGAUGGCGGAUUCUUAUAUCACCCUACUCGCAAGAUCUACCUGACCUUGCACGUCGAUGACUGUCGGGUAACAGGACCCCAAGAACAGCAAUCGGACUGGGUACUGGCAGAGAUUUCAAAAAGGGUUGAGACAAAGGAUGUCGAAGAGAACAAGCCCUACCUUGGGAUGGAAGUGAGACAUCAAGCGAACGGCGACUUAGCAGUUACCCAGAACUGUUAUAUCGAUGAGAUUCUUGAGGAUUUUGGAAUGGACAAGGUCAACCCGGCCAGCACGCUGAUGGUGGCCGGCAUGCGCCUGGAAUUCUUGCCAGAUGAAGAUAGCGGAUUAGAUGAUGAUUUUACUGCUACUAGAUAUCAUCAAGGUUUAGGAUCACUGCAGUAUUUGCAUGUUCUAUGCUACAUCAAGAAAAUGAAGGAUCACGGUAUCCUAUACAAGAAGGAGGUGGUUGAGGGACUCAAUUCUGUUGUGUACAGUGACUUGGAUUGGGCAAGGGCGGACCCUCAAUACAAGUCAACUACAGGUUAUGUUAUCCUGCUAAACGGAGCAUCAAUCUCGUGGCAGUCGCAACAGCAGACCUUGAUUGCAAAAUCAACCACUGAGGCAGAGUAUAUCGCGGUGAAAGAAUUGAGCAAAGGGGGGCCCCGGGCAGCAGAGCAUUGGCGGCGCCGUAGCACGGGGGCGUGUUAUAGCAGUAUUAUUCAUUAA